CGAAAGCGGUGGGCGGGGCACCCAUGAGGGAUCUUUUUUUUUUCUAACCCCUUAGAGGCGAUCGGGCGGAGGUGCCGCCGGGGUCACAGGUGAGCCGGCGUGUCCCGGGGCGGCGGCGGCGGCGGCGGCGGCUCCGCGGACGGAAUUAUUCAGCCUGCCUGUGCUACUAGAUGAGUGGAAAACUCUGAUUUGAACAAAGUGCCAACAAGAGAUUGCCCUUGAUUCCUGUGCUUUGUAGCAUUUCUCAACUUUGCCCAUCUUCUCUAAAAACUCUGCAUUUAAAGUUAGGAAAAUGAAGCAGUUGAAAAGGAAGAGGAAAAGCAAUUUUAGUGUUCAAGAGACUCAGACCCUUUUGAAAGAGAUUACAAAACGGAAAGAAGUCAUUUUUUCCAAGCAGCUCAACACCACAAUCAAUGUGAUGAAGCGGAUGGCCUGGGAGGAGAUUGCACAGUGUGUGAAUGCCGUCGGGGAGGGAGAACAGAGGACCGGGACAGAGGUGAAGAGGAGGUACCUGGACUGGCGGGCGCUCAUGAAGAGGAAGAGGAUGAAGGCCAACAUGAAGCUGGUCGGCUCGGGGUUUCCCCUUCCCACAUCUGACUUAGAUGACUCGCUCACUGAGGACAUCGAUGAAAAGAUUGGAUUCCGUAGUGACACAAAUUUUGAUUGGCAAAAUGUGGCAGAUUUCCGGGAUGCAGGUGGAUCCUUGACUGAGGUCAAAGUGGAAGAGGAGGAGAGAGAUCCCCAGAGCCCCGAGUUUGAGAUCGAGGAGGAGGAAGAAAUAUUGUCGUCCGUCAUACCGGAUUCCAGGAGGGAGAAUGAACUUCCUGAUUUUCCGCACAUCGAUGAGUUUUUUACCUUGAACUCGACGCCAUCUCGGUCUGCCUACGAUGAGCCCCACUUGCUGGUGAACAUUGAGAAGCAGAAGCUGGAGCUGGAGAAGCGGCGGCUGGAUAUCGAGGCCGAGCGGCUGCAGGUGGAGAAGGAGCGGCUGCAGGUGGAGAAGGAGCGGCUGCGCCACCUGGACCUGGAGCACGAGCGGCUACAGCUGGAGAAGGAGCGGCUGCAGAUCGAGCGAGAGAAGCUGAGGCUCCGGAUCGUCAGCUCUGAGAAGCCGUCUUUGGAGAGUGAACUUGGCCAAGGCGAGAAGUCCCUCCUGCAGCCACAGGACAUAGAAGCAGAGAAGUUAAAACUGGAGAGAGAACGCUUGCAACUGGAGAAAGACAGGCUGCAGUUUCUGAAAUUUGAGUCAGAGAAGCUGCAGAUUGAGAAGGAACGCUUGCAAGUGGAGAAGGAGAGACUCCGCAUUCAGAAGGAGGGGCACCUGCAGUGACUUGGUUCCUGCUCAUCCAGCAAAUGUAUGGGAACCGGGGAUAUUUCUGUAUAUCGGGUCAUAUAAAAGUGGUUGCCAGAUUAGCUCUGUUGUUUUUCCUGUCUCAUGUCUGUGUUUUCAAUAGGAAGAGGAUAGUUGUGUGGGGGUUACUGUACACUUUAGUAGAUCAGCGUAGAAACUGCGUGCCCUAGCAGAAACUCUUGUGCUGCACUCUCUGAAGUAGUAUCAUUACGUAGAGUCUUGUAUCAUCUGUGCACUCAGUUGACAAUUAUAUCUACGUAAAAUUCUAGCUCGAAAUUCUAGCUCGGUGGUUCUCAUCGGGGUGGGAGGGUGGUGAUUUUGACCCCUGGAAGACAUUUGGCAAUGUCUAGAGAUAUUUUCGGUUGUCAAAAUGGGGCCGUGGAGUGGGUUGCCACUGGCAUGUAGUGGGCAGAGGCCAGGGCUGCCCAGCUGGGUCCUGCUGUGCCUGGGAUGGCUCCCCGCUCCCAAAGUACCCAACACAAAACAGCAGUGUUGCUGUGGUUGAGAAACCCUUUCCUAGCCUGGCUGUGCACCUAGGUAGUUGGUUUGUAGUUUCAAAGUACUAAAACCUCAUAUUUAAGUGGGUAGUUACUUAAAUGGCCAAAACUUUUCACUAUGUAACAUUACGUGUGGUGUACUGAGCUUAGGGCGUGAUGAAGACAGUAGGUAUUGUGUCCCUGUGUUUGCAUCGAUAAUCUGAGACGGCAAACAGUGCAGGGAAUAUCCGAGACUGUCCAAAAUGGGUCACUUUGGAAACUGCAUUCUUCAAGCUGUUGAUGCUUUAGAAGCAACACUUGUCGCUUAAGGCUUAGUUCCCUUUUUUUUCUUUGGAUUCAUGGUCUUAGUUUAGGUGGGAAAAUUGUGCUUCAACCAUGUAUUGAAAUCGUACUGUAGGGGAUCCCUGGGUGGCUCGGCAGUUUGGCGCCUGCCUUUGGCCCCGGGGCGCGAUCCUGGAGUCCGGGGGUCGAGUCCCGCGUCGGGCUCCCGGCAUGGAGCCUGCUUCUCCCUCCUCCUGUGUCUCUGCCUCUCUCUCUCUCUCUCAUAAAUAAAUAAAUAAAUCUUUAAAAAAAUAAAAUAAAAUGAAAUGAAAUCGUACUGUAAGUGAACGGUUGGAGGUAGUAAAAAUGGUACCAAUAUAAACAUGGUACUAGUAGUCCAUGAGCUUGAAAUGGACGAGGGGUUACCUUUUAAAUAAAUCAUAGCAGCUGUGUGGGGUGGGAGGAGAGGCAGGGAGGGGAGGAUGGCAUCUGUGCCCAGUGGUGUGAUGAUGAUGAUAGCUGUGUGUGAAUGGAUUAGGGACACACCUGUCACAUGCUGACCCAGGCUGUAGAACAGUUCCCGAGAGUAGUAGUAGUCCUAAGUCUGAGGCUCAGAGAAGGAGCACCAAGUGAAAUCGUCAUGUGUUUUGCCUCUCCCUGAGAAACCAAGUUUGAAACCAAUCUUUAGUCCCUGUUCAGAGACUAAGGGCUUGCUUUUAACCUGGUGACUCGCCUCAGGUCCACCGCAGCUGUGGUUUCCACAAUCCUGGGGUACUCACACACGCGCUACCCUUGAGAAUCGCUGCACAAGAUCACUUUGUAAACUCUCUGGUUUCCAGGACUGACAACGUAGCUUUAAUGCAUCUCUUCUGCUGAGAGACUACCUGGAUUCUGCGUUUGUUCCUUGUUAAUUUAAGAAUGUCUUGAAACUGUAUGUGAUAUCUGAGUAGGGAUCUAUAAGGAAAACAUAUACUUCUACUUCGUUACCUUGACCUUGAAAUAGUGUUAUUUUUCUACAACCAAAAUAAAUGCCUCUACCGUAGAAAUAAA